AUGAGCUCACCUCUGAGACCCAAUCCAUCGUCGGCGAACCGCGGCACCGCACCUCGAUCUGGCCUUAAGAGAUCUCGAGGUGCCGGCGAAGAUGUUUCCUCAUCUGUUGCCGCCGCGUCAAGUCCCAUGCCCUCUUCGCCUCCAGCUUUCAACAUCGCCCACGGAGGUGAUGACGACGAUGAUAUCGAGGACGAGCCCGAGAUUCAGGAUGAAAUUGACGAGCUCGAUGAGAUGGCCGAAGACGACGUCGACCUGUUCCGCGAGGGGUUCGAGCACGACUACGCCGAGCGGGAUGCCAAUGACACCUACGAGGGCGUCGACCUUGACGACGAAGGUGACUAUGGAGACAUGGACAUCGGUGAGCGGCGUAGGCUCGAGGCACAAUUGAGCCGCAGAGAUCGGGAAGUUGCUCGCAGACAGCGCAUGCCUGCUGCCUUUCUCCCUAGCGACGGCGCGGAAUCCCCCGGUGGAUUGGACUUGACUGCGCAGCCUCGCCGACGGCGUCACCGCUACGACGAGGACCCAGAUGAGGACAUGGACGCCGACAUCAUGGACGAAGAACUGUCGCUGGAGGCGCUUCGAGACGUCAAGUCGUCAAACAUCACCGAAUGGGUGUCUCAAUUGAACGUGCAGCGUUCCGUCAAGCGAGAGUUCAAGUCAUUCCUCACCGAGUACACGGAUGAGAAUGGAUUGUCCGUCUAUGGAAACCGUAUCCGCACAUUGGGCGAGGUCAAUGCUGAGACUCUAGAGGUCUCAUACACCGAGCUUGCAUCUGAGAAGGCCAUUCUGGCUUUCUUCCUGGCAAAUGCACCUACCGAGAUGCUCAAGUUGUUCGACGAAGUGGCCAUGGACGUUGUCCUCCUCCACUACCCCGACUACGAGCGCAUCCACGCCGAAAUCCAUGUCAGAAUCUAUGACUUGCCCCUGAACUACACCCUGCGACAGCUUCGACAGCAGCACCUCAACAGCUUGGUCCGAGUCAGCGGUGUCGUCACCCGGCGCACCGGUGUUUUCCCGCAGCUGAAAUAUGUCAAAUUCGACUGCACCAAGUGCGGAAUCACCCUGGGUCCAUUUCAGCAGGAGUCGAACGUCGAGGUCAAAAUCACCUACUGUCAGAAUUGUCAAUCCCGCGGCCCAUUUACCGUGAACUCUGAGAAGACAGUCUACCGCAAUUACCAGAAACUGACUCUCCAGGAGUCGCCUGGUACAGUCCCUGCUGGUCGUCUUCCGCGCCACAGGGAAGUCAUUCUUCUGUGGGAUCUGAUCGACAAGGCCAAGCCUGGUGAGGAGAUUGAAGUGACCGGCAUCUAUCGUAAUAACUACGACGCGCAGUUGAACAACCGAAAUGGUUUCCCAGUCUUUGCCACUAUCCUCGAAGCCAACAACGUCGUCAAGGUCCACGACCAGCUUGCUGGAUUCCGGCUCACUGAAGAGGACGAGCAAGAAAUUCGCAGACUGUCAAAAGAUCCUCAAAUCAUCGAUAAGAUCAUCAACUCGAUCGCUCCCAGCAUCUACGGGCACACAGACAUCAAGACUGCAGUAUCUCUGUCCCUCUUCGGCGGUGUAGCAAAGACGACCAAGGGCUCUCAUCACGUCCGUGGAGACAUCAACGUUCUUCUCCUGGGUGACCCCGGUACUGCAAAAUCACAAGUGCUCAAGUAUGUCGAGAAGACUGCCCACCGCGCCGUGUUUGCGACUGGGCAGGGAGCCAGUGCUGUGGGUCUCACGGCUAGUGUCCGUCGGGAUCCUCUGACCAGCGAGUGGACUCUAGAGGGCGGUGCACUUGUGCUCGCGGACCGCGGCACCUGCCUUAUCGACGAGUUUGACAAGAUGAACGAUCAGGAUCGGACGUCCAUCCACGAGGCCAUGGAGCAGCAGACCAUCUCAAUCUCCAAGGCUGGUAUUGUCACGACGCUGCAAGCACGCUGCGGUAUCAUCGCCGCAGCCAACCCCAUCGGUGGCCGCUAUAACUCGACAAUCCCAUUUUCUUCCAACGUGGAGUUGACAGAGCCCAUUCUGUCUCGUUUUGACAUUCUCUGUGUUGUCCGCGAUACUGUGGAUCCAUCCGAAGACGAGCGUCUCGCCCGAUUCAUUGUUGGAUCACACAGUCGUAGCCACCCGACCGACACUCAGAAGACCAAUGACGACUCCAUGGAUGUCGAGGGCGAGACCCAAGCAACCGAGACCCAAGCUACCUCGAGAACAGCCACGGGCCCUACCAAGGAAGGCGAAAUCCCACAGGAGCUUCUCCGCAAGUAUAUCCUUUGGGCACGGGAGCACUGUUCGCCGAAGUUGGGUAACAUGGACGAGGACAAGAUCUCACGACUUUUCGCCGACAUGCGCAGAGAGAGUCUAGCCACUGGUGCCUACCCGAUCACAGUCCGUCAUCUGGAAGCCAUCAUCCGCAUCAGCGAGGCAUUCUGCCGUAUGAGGCUGGCUGAUUACGUGACGUCGCAGGACAUCGACCGAGCCAUUGCGGUGACGAUUGAGAGUUUCGUUGGCAGCCAGAAGGUCAGCUGCAAGAAGGCACUGGCACGUGCCUUCGCCAAGUACACGCUGGCAAGGCCCAAUGCCGGACAGCGCAAGGGUGGCACAGCUGCUCGUGGGGGCCGGUCGGUAGCACAGGUGGCUUGA